UCGCGCUGUACUUUGGAUUCCUGGGGCUGUGUUCAGUGCUAACUGGUGGCUGCAUCCUCUUUCUGCACUGGAGGAAGAACCUGCGGCGGAAACAGCGUGCCCAGGAGUGGGGAGAGGUGAUGAGAGCCACUACAUUCACCUACAGCCCACUGUUGUACUGGAUUAACAAGCGAAGGCACUAUGGCAUGAACACAGCCAUCAACAUGGGCCCUUCCCUGACUGUCUCCACGACUGAUACCGAGGUCCAGACUUCAGAUGUUCUGUGGGAGUUGGAUAGCACUGAGAGUAGGAGCUAUGUUGCUCAACAAAGUAGCCCCAAGGAGGAGGCCCCCGUGCCCCCGCAACCUGCACUGGAGCUGGUCCCACAGCCUCCCCUAGCUUCCCCAAGGCCUCGGCCCCAGAAGAGCUCCCCACUCACGAUUCCCAUCUUUCAGGAGGUGCCCUCUGCUCUCGCCCUGUGUAACCUACCUCCACUGCUGAACCACUCCGUCUCCUAUCCUUUGGCCCUUUGUCCUGAAAGAAACCUCCACUCCCCUUCCCUCCCCACACUGGCCCAUGGGGACCACUGCUUCAAUGCCAAGCCUUUUGCUUCAGAAUUGUAGUCUCCUUUCACUGAGUGUGGAAGUUGGAGGUACUGGGGCAGAGCUAACUUCGGAGGAGGUAUUGACAG